UCAAACGAUACAAUCUACGGCAGCAGAACCUGUCUGAGCUCAGGCUACCCCAACAAUCGCUCGUGGGUGGCAUGAAUCACGCAUCGCCAUAGCCCCCUAUUACAGAACAUCAGUUUUAAGAGCGGCUUAUUUCGUUUGAAAAAUGAAAACAGUCUGAUCCACGACUUCUAUGCUUUACCUUCUUUUUCUGCUCAGAGCUACCACCCGACCCCGCGUGUCUUCGUCUUGCCGCCGAUGCGGAAUCUUCUUGUCGUUUUAGAGUUCCUUUCAAACUCGCCGCAAAGCCUACGAAACUUUACUCAAGUAUAUCUUUAGCAGAUUGAAGUAUCAAUCAUCGUAACAGCGGACAUCAAGUCAAGUGCCUAAAUUAUGCUACGCUUAAUUUGAACAUGUAGUUUAGGAGCGAGGGGCAAAACUGAGUUGUGAGAUGGCGUUCACGUCGUUAUAAACAAAGCCGAAAUAUAGGCUUCAUCGUUAAGUACCGACUGACUAAUCAUUAGACGGCACGGAAUAGGCGGCUAGUCGUUACAGCGACCCCAAACUAAAGACAGUGCGAAGAUACUAUAUUGGCUUCUGUUGCUAUCACAACCAGAACAUUUCAUCUGUUGAGGAUCAUCGUCGUGCAAAUUGGACAGCUACCCCAAUCGCCCAUCACCUAGGCAGCUCUACAUGUGUGUUGUGAAAAGCCAAGAAUAUCGCCGGCCGUUUCACCGUGACGUUAACAAAACACUGGGCACAGAAGUGCCUAGAGUUUUGUCACGCUUGAUCCAGCUGAACUGAAGUUGAAUCCAGCUGAACAGUUGAAUCGUAUCUAUUCACUAUCGUAUUUAUGGAAAAUAAGUCACAGUAAGCGUUAAUCUAAUCGGAAUGUGUUUACUAUCGCAAACGAGGUUCUAGUGAAAAGCUAAUUAACUUCAUCGGUAAGAAGCAUAUCGCUAUAUUGUGCUAAAAGUGGAACCGGUGGAACGGGUUCAUCCCUGGAACUUCGAUUUGCAUCAAUUGGCCAUCCGCAAUAGUUAUUGUUUGGAGUAGGCAACACCGUACGUCGCGAACUUCAACAUCACGCAGGGCUAUGUUACAAUAUGUUGGCUUAAUCAUCGCCAUUAUUUUAUCCUCCUGCGUUUCGGACUCUGCUAAAUGUUUCUGCCUACAUUUGUUACCGUUAUUGUGCGACGUAAAUUGUUAUUACCCUCAACCAGAGCGUUACUUUCCAUUAGCGCGUAUUGUUACAUCGUUUAACUACAUUGCUAAGCCAAGUAGCAAGAGCAAGGCACAAAUUGUUUAAGUUUCUAAACUACAACAGUACAGAAGCCUUUAGCCGUGGAGACUAACUUGAUUGAUUAUAUCAGUUAUCACUGUCUGGUAGAUGCAAAAAAUCUGUUAGUCCUGUUGGUGGCCAAGGCUCAAGUCGACGCGUACCAGGAUAAACCGGCCUCUUACCACCAGUCUUUUCGCAGAACUAUUUCAAGUUGAUGUGCAACAUACGCUGUAGCAGCGAUAAGGAACGGUUAUUCGCUAAGCGCUAAAUUCAACACUUCCUAAUAAGCAGGUUCCUGCUGAAGUUCCGAGGACAACAGCUGACGCAUAAAAAAUCCUUAGCUACGCUUUAUCACUUCAAACCUUACCUUGGUCUUGCCUGCUAACGAUGACGUAAGGACUUCUCUUGGUUCCUGCAGCAUCUUUUGCUGACGUCUCUGAUUUUUCGACAACUUGGACCCACUGAUAAUAUUGUGGUGUUUUUGCUAUAUCUAUCUCGACCAGUUGGCUCCUUUAAACGAUUUGUUAAGGGUUUGAUGCUGAACUAGUGAAAGUACCUAUACUUUACUGCGCUAUUAUAUUAUUGCAGUCGAUCAUUAAUCGGCUUAGCAAUCGUAACACGAAGUAACCGUGCUGGUGGUUCAUAGCCGAACAUCGUGGUUGUGCAUAAUGAAAUCUAGCGCGAAGGUUGGUAGCUAGCUGCGCCGCCUACAACUUAGUUCCGGACUUACCCAGAACUUAAUUUCUCUCAGUCGAAUGAGUUGUCAAUUAAAAAAAACCGACCGUCCCGUGACCGCAUAAGGGGUAUGUCACCUUAUAGCUUUUCAUUUAUCUUUACUCAUUGUAACUGGACCCUGGACUGGAGAAGUUCAAAAUUGGGUCCGUCGUAGCGGAAACGCGCAAGUAUUGCACCAGCCUUGAAAGUAGAUUCGUUAAUGAAACAACGGUGUAAAAGAUAUUUAUAAAGGACACAAAAGAAAACACGAAAACGUCGGGUUUAUCUGAUGAGGGCCCAACAAAACAAGUCGCACAGAAGCGACACGUUAAGCCAAGCCAGCUUACUAACAUAAUUCAACAACUUAAAGCAGAGACUGUAGAAGACCAGACGAAUGACGAAAGUCAAAUGAAUGGACGUUAGAAAACAGGUGGCGUAGAGCCUUUCUUUUACAUAUUAUAGCCUGUGGGUCAGCUGUUCUUUUUUUUCCGAUUUCCUGGCGGUAUCCCAGAUAGAAACCCGAUCAAAUACGUACAAAUUGGCUAAAGCCGCGCCUGCUGACGAGGCAUUCAACGCGGUCCCUCGGAGGCGGUAGUUGACGAAACGAGAUUAUUAUUAUGUCCUGAGAAACAUCCCAUACAUAUCCAAUCAGCUAGUCCCCAGCACAGGUCCCUUUCGCAAGGUAACACAGCAGCAAUGACAACAACGUCAACAACCUCUGUUGUUUCUCGCUUCUUGUUACGUGCACGGCAAAUACAAUAAAGCAUGCAUCCAUCAUGUUGCCAGAUCUGAUCGCUCCGAGAGAAAACGCAGAACCAGCAAGAGACAAAGUGGAGCCCAAUCGUUUGUGUUCUCUACCAUAUUGGUAGCAGUAACCACAACAACGGCAAAGGAGCAAGAUUACCUAAUUUGUUCACAUAACUAUGGACACUCAUUGUUAGUGUCAAUGAUUUGCAUGGGAAUUAGAGUAUGUAGCCGCCAUUAUCAUACGACCCUCAAAUGACGUGAUAAGAUGCGCGGUUCCGGUACAGACGAAGCAAGUAUCUGUGGGUUUUGGGACACUUUUGUGGGAAUUAUUUUCUAAAGAUCCGACAAUAAACCGAAACCUGUUCAUAUCGAAGGAUCAAAGAGCAGUCGACAGAAGAUUUAUUCGGAAAAAAAGAGCUACUAACAAGGGAAAAUAAUAGCAAGAACCAAAUGAAGCACAAUCAUAACGUGUUAAAGCACGGUAUACCACUAAUGUAACACGUCAUGCACUACUGUAUACAUGUAAAGGUUAUGAUAUAGGCCACGUCCAGUGGGGAAAAUUCCACUGCUUCUGAAAGUGAGUUUAGGCUGCAUCAGUUGAGCAGCAAUCAGUCGGUAUGAGCUCGAAGAAAAAGCUGUUGAAACUAAUUGUGAUAUUUUACUCCAUAGUGAACAUUUUCGUCGGUUUCGCUCUAGUGCUAUUGUCUGUGGCGUUUGUCAGCACAGGAUAUACAUAUCUACAGCCGCGAGACCCCACCAACUGCAACAGCUUAGCUUAGUUUCUAUUCGGUCCUUCCUCCAUCGAACGUCCGAAAAGUCACUCACCGCUACCAGCCCUUCCAGCCAAAUCAUCCAGAUACACUGCUACACAUGACGCUUUACAACCAGCCGGUGAAAACGGAAAAAACUAUGGAAAUGGGCAGGUUUAUAUGUACCUGGAGAUACAGUUAGUUGUAUAUAUGUAUAAAAAGAGAGUCGAGAAAUACGAGGAUUUCCUGGAGCCCGUUGCCAGUGGAAGGGACGGUCGGAAGGGUGCUCCAGUCUGCCAUUAGAGCUGCCAAACGGCAUUCAGUGAUACUCCACAUGCGCCGCAUGGCAUCGACCAUUGCUGUACUACACCAGCGUUUCGUCCGCAUCAUUCCGCUCAACAGCAGUCUAUCUGAAGAGAAGACCGCUCUACUCUAUAUGCUGUCAUUCGGAACGACAGUGUGCGGACUUUUCUCCUCAAUCGCCGGUAUCCUAGGCUUUCUCGGCGCUGUCUGUCGAGUACCUUGUCUUUUGGCAUUGACCGCUAUGCUCCUAUUGUUUCCGCUCGCUGCCAGCAUCUACAUAUCGAACAAGGAGACGGACACGCUUCGUAUGUCGGUACGCGAUCAAAUCUCGGAGAUAUUUCUGGAGAACUACGGCAUACAGGAACACAUCACAAUGACUGUAGACUUUAUACAGUCGAGUCUGCGUUGCUGCGGCGUUGACGGGCCUGCCGACUGGGCCGACGCAUUGUACAAUACCGGAAACGUGUCCCGUCACGUAGAGGCAGACUAUUUGAUACCGAAAUCGUGUUGCCGCUUCAAGAAACGUUGCACCUUUGCACGAAACAUCAACAUUGCCAAGAAUUUCACUCCGCGAAAAGGUAUCUUCAGAGAAGGCUGUGCAACCCUUAUUGAUGGCCACAUGCAGAUGGUACUCGAACAGGCGGAGAUCAUCCUUCUGGGCGACGCCGCAAUGGACGUGUUUGGCAUUUUGUGUAUUUGGUUACUUUUCGUUGUGGUGCGACACGACCUCGCCAAAGAGCAAAGCGAAAGCCCCAGAACCAACGUAUAGUUCAUCGUAUAUACAUAUUAUAAUAAUAUAUAUAUACAUAAAAAGCACAUUCCAUACUCUAUAUGCUAACGUAUACACACUGUGCACGAGAGUCUAUUGAGUGACAACACGAUAUCGAAAAAAUUAUCACGAUUUGUUAAGACUAAAGAACAGCCACAAUAUAGCAACACACAUAUGUAUACUUACACUCCUUAUACAUACGCAGUAAUCUGAAAAUAUUUACCGCAGCCUAAAUAUUCUUGCAGUGGCCUAUAAGUUGUUUCGACGGGCCUAUUUAUAUGUGUGCACUUACUUAGAAGUAAAAUUACAUCAUUUACCCAUGUGUACAUAUAGUACGCGAUACGAGAUUGCAACAAUAAAACAGACCGUUGUAAUUGCUGGAAGUGAAAUCACAGUGUAAUCUUGCAUAUCUAGCGUACGAAAAUCGACAAGCCAAAGCAUCAUAUUGUGUCUCUAAAACUAAUCUAAAAUC